AUGGGAGCCACCUUGUCCAUUUCGUCUCUCCUCGGCAAGCUCUUCGGGUCGAGGGAGGUGCGGAUCCUGAUGCUAGGGCUAGAUGCGGCAGGCAAGACGACAAUUUUGUACAAGCUUAAGCUGAACCAGACCAUGACGACCAUCCCAACUGUCGGCUUCAAUGUCGAAUCGUUCACCUUCAAGAAUAUCAAAUUCAACAUGUGGGAUGUUGGUGGCCAGGACAAGAUCCGUCCUCUGUGGAGGCACUACUACAGCGGCACCCAAGCUCUCAUCUUCGUCGUCGAUUCAUCGGACAGCACACGAAUGGAAGAGGCGCGGACAGAAUUGCAUCGCAUCAUAAACGACCGGGAAAUGAGGGACUGCCUGCUUCUCGUGUUCGCGAAUAAGCAGGAUCUGGAUAGUGCAAUGAAACCCCUCGAAGUGACAGAAAAACUGCAACUUGCAAAGCUAAAAGACAAGUUGUGGUACGUGCAGCCUUCUGUCGCUGUCAAUGGCGACGGUCUUGCCGAAGGCUUCGACUGGCUGUCCAGGAGCCUGAAGAACAUGCCCAAGACUGGCGGCAAGUAA